AUGGCGCCUCUGCAUAAGAGACGGCUCGAGGAAGAGGAAGAAGUCGAUGGUCGCGAACCCAAGAAGCCAUCAACCCUACUCUCCUCGGCCAAGCAGCUGGAGGACGCAGCCGCGGACGACUUCGGCCACGUAAACGAUGACCACGAGGACACGCCCGAGGAGCUUCAAGAACUGGGACCUGCCAGCACCGCGAUCACCAUCGGAAACGCGUUCUACAGGGAACCAGGUUCGGCCGCCGACACGCUCGCCAUAGCGCCCUUCUCUCAGCCGGUCGUGCAGACUCUCACGGCAGACCAGAUGACCGCGCUAAAGGACGCGUCAGAGGAAUAUGAACAUCACAACCGCGUUCCCGAUGGGGGAUUCUACCAGGUGGCCCCAGAACAGCUAGCACUGGAAGCCACCCUCUCGUCACUGGGCGAAAGUGUUCAUUUCGUGGGAAUUGCCCAGUCCCUGCAGAUCUAUGAGAAGGCCAGCGCAACCAUUCUCACCCUCGAUGGGAUCUUCGGCCUGGUUCACAAUUGUCUGGUGCGCAAAGACCGGUACCUUCUUUUCGGUUCCGCCGAUGACUGCUCUCGCCAAGACUACUGGGACGCAGACGGCGCGAUCGCUUUGCAACGCGCUACUCAAGGAAAGGCUCUUGUCCUGUCGGUGACCAUGCGUGUUGGUGACCUCGACCAAGACAAUGUCCCCACAACUGAAACGCUUUUCUUUGACAAUUCCAUCAUUCGCAUCCACCCGUUGGUGAUCGCAGGCGCCACCCAGCUUCCCCAAAAGUUGAUGUACCCCACCGCCUCCCAGGUUCUCCGCAUGCGCGACGACGCAGGUCGACUUUUUGGAUCGAAUGUCGCAGAGGCGGUGCAUGACGCCAACACACUUUACGAUGGAGUUCGCCUGCCAGACCAACCCAACCUCCAUGCAGUGAUAGAGCGCUUUCGACUCGACGCAAAGCUCCCACACGACGUCGAACGCCUGGUCCCACUCGUCUCUGCUCUCACAACCGCCGACGUGUCUCAUGACCUCCUUGCAGGGAAAAUGUCGAGGGGAGUUCUGUACCACGAGCCGAUUCAACUACAGAAUCAGCCACUCAGCAUGCUUAGGCUCCAUCGUUGCUCCCAGACGGCUUGUGAGAUGCUCGCCAACACGCCUCUAGACCAGUCGUCAAGCCUCUUCUUCUCUGGCGUUUGUGCUGGCACCGUUAAGCACAGGGACGUCCAGCCAGCGACGCCUUGCGUGUUCGAGCUUUUGGUUGCCCGCCACUCUACUCGCGAAGAGGAACAGUCUCACCGUACCAGCAUGACCGGGGCUUCCGCUGGCAGGGUCGUUCCCAUCCCCGCCCCUGCAUCUGCCAAAGACAGAGGCUCCUUCGCGCCUAUUGCGGCCAUCCUGAGGUCCAGGUACCCCAUGGACCUGCCCACGACAUUCGCCUACAUGCAGCUUGGUGACACUGUCUCGUCGUUCUACUCGAUCGCACUCAUUGCCCACCCCAAAGGUCGCCCCCAUCCCUUUGGUCUCAACUACACGUACCUCCAUCACUCCACCCCGAUCUCUCCAGCGGUGCGCAGUGUCGUCUUGCGCAUGGUGGUCAACCCCAUCAGGGAUAAACACAUGGGCAUCAGUGCCCUUCCUGAUCUCAUUGUUGGACCGCUCCCGUCGAACGCCACUCCGGACAAGGUUUUCACCUUUACUAGCGCUCUGAACACUGUCCCUCCGGUCCCCACCGCCAUCGAGCGCGAAAGGUCGUUCAGGGAGGAACACGCCGCAAUUAUCAAGAAGAUGUCCGAGGGACUCGUGCUUGUGUUCGACAAGACGAAGGAGGAAGAGGCGAUCGAGACCCUCGCCGAGUGUAAUUGCACACUGUAUGGAGACAAGGACGCCGCUCGCGAGGCUAUUCGCAUUGUGCGCGAAGACAACGCGACUCAGCUGCAAAACAUGAAGAGGGACAACUUGCAGUUGCUGCGUGAGGUUUCCGCCGCAGCGAGACUGCCCAGGGGAAAGCCGCCUGCCAGCCUUAUCAAGUUCGGUGGUUACGAUGACGAGUUUGACGACGAUGCGGCGUAG